ACACAGAGUCGCCGUGGAAACGUUUUCUCUCAUCCCAAGGGUGCUUCGCGAUGAUGGCUGGUCUUUUUCCAGUCUCGUCUCCUGCGAAUUGAGAGACGCAGUUUGAAUGCGGCUGAAGUUGCUGGAAAACGGUUCCUGCGGCGUCGACAGUGCUGCGCAGUUUUUUGCUGUUCUCGGCUCGCGCAGGUCUUCCGACUCAACAGACACCCGCGUUGCCGGAGAUCGAUCCACAUGGUGUAUGCGUCGAAGUCAAAGGUUCCGCGCUCGUCCGUCCAGAGGGUAUCGGUUGCAAGCGACAGGAGGGAGAGGACAGGAGACGAGAGGGAUCCUUCUCUCCGUUCCUUUCUCGACCAGCGUCCAGGAGAAAAGCUGCAGUUUCUCUGCCUGGCGACGACGCGGCGUUGUUCCCUCCGUUCUCUCCUGUCGCGUGCAUGCAGCGAGAGAAAGACUCGUUUUUUUCGUUCCAGAAGAACGCACGGUCCUCCCCGAAGCGCAGAUCCCCGAGCGGCAGUUGAGGGCGGCUCGAGGUGACUCUGCGUUCCCAAAAGGCAUGCGGGUGCUUGCGAAGCAUAAACGUUCUCCGCCGAGCGCAGUGGCGCGCGAGGAAGGAGAAACAGCAAGUGACGAGGAAGAACUGAGGUCUGCAACUCCUGUGCUGCUCCAGAAACGCAUGCGUUUCUCGCCUGCCUCCAGCCUGUAGAGGGCUGUCUCUCGAGCGUUUUUGCCGCUGAGUUUCCGGCCGUGGAAACACCGCGAGAGAGCCUGGUGGACGCGAACUGCGAACUCGAGGUGCGUUUCCUCUGAUGCGCAUGGGUCGAGGAAGAGACAGCGAAGCCGUCGAAUCGCCGUCACUUGCCACUGCCGACAAUUCGACAUAUAUGAAGCGUUGACAGAUUUCUGGUGCUCUCCUUGGAAAGCUGAUCGCGCCUGAAAACGCCAAGUGGUUCGGUCUCGGAGACGCGAGGGCCGACGCUUCGUUUCUCGUCAUGCGCUGCUUCUCGUCGUUUGUGGGCGCCCUAGGCCGCGGCGAAGGACAUUCCGUGGAAGUGAAGGAGCUCUCGUUCAAGGACUCGUGAGCUUCGCGUUGGGGACAGACCUUUCGGAACUGCAGCGCGCCCACGAAGGACAAGUGACCUGCCUGAGAGCCGGAUUCUGCCUGGCGAAAUUCAGGUCGAAAUCCGAGGCUGAGACCGUCUUUAGAGUCGAGGGCGUCGGAGCGAAACGAGUGCCUGGACAGCUGCGUUGGGUGGCAUGUUUUGCCCGCAGAGAGAAAGAGAAAGAUAGAGAGAAAGAGAGAAAGAGAAAGAGAGAGAGAGCAGAGAAAGAGAGAAAGAGAAAGAAAGAGAGAGAGCAGAGAAAGAGAGAAAGAGAAAGAAAGAGAGAGAGCAGAGAAAGAGAAAGAAAGAGAGAGAGCAGAGAAAGAGAGAAAGAGAAAGAAAGAGAGAGAGCAGAGAAAGAGAGCAGAGAAAGAGAAAGAAAGAGAGAGAGCAGAGAAAGAGAGCAGAGAAAGAGAGAAAGAGAAAGAAAGAAAGAGAGCAGAGAAAGAGGGAAAGAGAAAGAAAGAGAGAGAGCAGAGAAAGAGAGAAAGAGAAAGAAAGAGAGAAAGAGCAGAGAAAGAGAGAAAGAGAAAGAAGGAGAGAGAGAGCUGAGAAAGAGAGAAAGAGAAAGAAAGGAAACGAAGAGGAGAGAGAGAGAGAGGCGGUAAACCUGGAGUCUCCGGCGCCGUUCCACUGAGAAGAAGAGUCGCUCGCGGCAGGGACACUGGAAAGCAAAGGCUGUAAAAUCGGUCACUUGGAAAUUUUUCUCGAGCAACGAGACAUUCGCGUCGGCACCGACGCUUCUUUAACACACAACUAGAGAAGAAACAGCAUCUCGAGAGAAAAGCAGGACCUCUUGUUCGCGUCAAGGUCCGAGGUUCCCCUGUGUGAGGAGGCGUCCUCGACAGUCGAGUGACAGACAGGAGACGGGAGCUAGAGAACAGUUGUCGUGACCUGUGUGUCUCCCCGGCUCAAAAAAACAGGAAAAUGCCGUCUUCUUUAGGCGAGUAACGGCCGGCUCUUCGAUACGGAAGCAGCGUCUGGGGUAUGCGCGCUCUCGAAAAAAGUUUCAAGUUUUAUGCAGCUCUGCCCAGCACACCGGGAAGGAAUCUCCCCAAGGGAAUUCCAUGACAGUUGCUCACCUUGAAGGCACACCGCACCGUUUCGCACAUCAAAGCUUUCAUUCCACUCUUCCACUCGCGCCGACAAAGAAAAACGCCCCUGCCAUACGACUCCAGAUGUCUAAACACACAGCUCGUAGGACCGGAGAAAGAGGAAGGCAAGCGAACUCUUGAAGGAAGACAAGUCUCACUUCUUGCCUGCGUUCUCGCGAGGCAUGUUCAACCACCUUGUCACGAACAUGCGCAAACCAGCUGAAACCUUCAAAGACGUAGGAACAGAAGCUGGAGUCGACACCGCUCGAAAAUCUGCUCGCAUAUGUACCAAUCACUACACCGGCACGAGACGACGAAACCGAGGGCCAAGACCUCCUUGAC